GCCCUGUGCCAGGUACUACGAUGUACCUGGCUGAGCCUCUUCCUGCCAUUCCAGGUGCUGCCAGGUACUUCCAUUUGUGUGGGACUUUGGCUCCAGAACCAGGUAACUUGAUCCCCGUUUCCCCUCUCUGCUGACGUUUGCCAUGAAGCACUCAAGAAGUGUGCUGCAGGCAAAGCCAGCAUCCACUCAGAUCACUGUUCAGGCCUAUUUUGUGGGGUUACAGGCGGCUGGAAAGAUGUCUGGUCGGUUUUUGGUUUUGGGUUAAAUUUUGGGAGCUGUCAAGUAGAGAAAGUGGACACAAAACUCGGGCGUACGUCUGUUGUGUUUCUUGUGUCAGCUAGCCACUGUGAGGCGGCUGGAACCGUGGAUUGUAUCCGAGACCGAAGUCUGUUCUCAACAACGUUUUCCCGUCCCUCAGCGCUAGACUCGUCAUACCGCUGGGCCCAAAGAACAGUGUGCUUGUCAUGUUGCUGACUUCGUCUUGUCUUUUUUUGAUUUGGUCAAUGGGUGCAGUGAGAUCAUCGUGGGCCCCUGUUUGUCUGCUGAGUCCCUUAAUCACCAGGGGUCUCAUUUGCUAUGAUACGGCCCGUCCGGAACACGCGAUUCGUCCAUCGCAAUACGAUCGGGGAGGAAUUGAGUGCGUAGCAUGAUUUCCGUUGAUGCCAAAUGAGCCUGUCCCAACUGCAUGAGCUUGUGCUUACAGCAUUACCACCGAUUGUAGAUAUGACGCUCGACCUCCAAGCUGAACCUUAUGCCUGCUGAAGGAGAACCCUCCAAAAAAAAAGCUGACAUAAUCCUCCAGGCAAGCGUGAAUAGCCGACGUUUUCCUUGCAGCGCAUGCCCAAUAAAUACAUAGUACACUCUUAUUUGGUUACCUGUUUAUAUGCAUACAAAUUACCUUCCCCACGUGACGAUAAUCCCCCACUACACGCCGUAUCAGUCGACGCAGCAAGUAGGGAAUGACGACACAUCGCUUUCAACCCAAGGCAGCGCUCAUUGAUCCUGUCAGAUAGACGAGGCUGGCGACAGCCUGACACGCAUCCACAAACCAUCCACCCGAUACCACGAUUGAACGCGAACAUCCCUCUUUUUGUCGGUGGAUUGACGACUUGCGGCCAUUUGCCUGCCGAUUAGCCCAUCAUGGAGACGCUCAGAGCGUUGUUCGUCAAGCCUGACCCGCAGCAGCAGCUGCGGAAAUGCAACGCCCUCAUCCGUUCCAACAUUCGUAAAUUGGACCGUGACAUAAACCAAGUCAGACAAGUGGAAGCCAAGACGAAGAACCUUAUCCUUCAGGCCGAUAAGCGGGCGCAGCGGGACCCUACGAGGCAGAAGCAAGCACAGAAGGAGGCCCGCGACUUCGCGCGCGAGCUCAUCCGAGCACGGAAGACCAGCAACCGGCUCGUCACGUCCAAGGCGCAGCUCAACAGCGUACAGAUGCAGGUUAACGAGGCUUUCGCCGUGCGCAAGAUCGAGGGCAGCAUCCGCGCAAGCGUCGGCGUGAUGAAGGACGUCAAUCGCCUGAUCCGACUGCCUGAGCUGGCUGGAACGAUGCAGGAGCUGAGCGUGGAGUUGAUGAAAGCCGGCAUCAUCGAGGAGAUGGUCGGCGAGAGCCUGCCCGAGGAUAUGGACGAGUUUGAGGAGGAGGAGGCUGAGGGCGAGGUCGACAAGGUCCUCGGUGAGAUCCUCAAGGAUCGUAUGCCCAAGGAGCAGAUGCCCGCGGUGCCGGUCCACCAGGAGCCCAAACCGGUCGAGGCCGAGGAGGAAGAGGAAGACGCCGAGGCCAUGAUGGACCAGAUGCGCAACAGGCUCGAGGCCCUGCGCAGCUGAUGGCUUGCAUAUUCGAUAAAGACGGCGUAUGGCGUUUUUUAUUUAUUUGUCAGAGCCGGUCGGCUGAUCAGCUCGAGUUCGCAGAGAAGAAACGUUUCCAUGGGGUCUGGAUACAGCUUCGCAGAGACGCCCGGCACAGAACGCGACGCCCGCCAACGAUGGUUGGGCGGUUCUCUUCUAUUCCUCGUCUGGUUGCUCUUGUUCUCGAGGGCCAUUCAUUUCGUUUCGUCCGGCGUUCGGAGUAGCCGUGAUUCAGCAGUAUACAGUCUCUCAAUGCCUCAAGAGGCGGAAUCCAUUACCCAUAGGCCAUGGGAUAUGACAAGGUCUCUUUACUUGGCCAACAGCAUGGAGUUGAAGUUUUGGAAAGAGAUAUUUCAAAUGAGAAAAUGCCAUGACGAUGCCA